UGUAGACUCGUGGCUCUGUUCAGCGCCUGUCGUUCACCUGUUGUCGCCGCAGCAUCACAGGGACAGACAGUGGCCUUUCGCCUUGUGUGCUGCUAUCAUGUUGCGUGUGCACGUGAAAGGAGCUAACAACUUGCAAGCUGCAGAUAGAGGUGGAACGAGCGAUCCUUAUUGCAAAGUCACUUAUCACGGUAAAACAGAGAAAACCGAGCAUGUGGAGAAGAACUUGAACCCUCAAUGGGACAAGCAAUUUGAGUUUGCUGUCAGCGCGCCUGUUCCGGGCGAUGCCAAGCUGCUGGUGCGGGUUUAUGACUGGAACCGCCUGAUGACCGACAAGUUGAUUGGUCAAGUUGAUAUCUACUUGCGUGAUAUCAAACGACAGGGAUGUAAAACUGAUCAGAAGUAUCCUCUUACUGAUGGUCAUGGACAGUCUAAAGGGAGCACUGUGCAUUUGGCAAUCAUGUAUGAUGAUCCAGAGAAAGGACAAGAUGCUGCUGGUGGUGGUGGAGGAGAUUCUGGUGGAGAUCAAGCAAGUGCUGAAGCUGGCACUGAACCUGAAGUCGGCAUUGCGGAAGGAGACGAAGAUGAAGGCGGAUCGGGCAGUCCAAGAGUAGGUCGAGCUUCUGCUGCAGCAAAGCGAGCUGCUGUGAAGAGACAGAAGCGGGAAGAAAUGUUGAAAAAGUACCCGGACAAGCCAUUAGAUUUUCAGGUUCGAGUUCAUAUCAUUGAGGGGAGAAAGCUGCUGUGCAAGACACAACCAAUAGAUCCGGUUACGAACAUAUUUGUAGGAGAUGAGAAUCGAGGUUCACGUGUAUUGCAAGACACUGACAAACCUUUUUGGGAUGAGAUGUUCUUCUUUGAAAUGAAAAAGAAACCAUCAGAAGUGUUUGACACUGUUUGCAAGUUUGAUGUGUCGCACUCAAGAACACUUCGUAAAGAUGCUCUCAUUGGAACGUUUCAGAUGGACUUGGGAAUGGUUUACAUUGAAAGUGGUCACUGCUUUGUGCACAAAUGGCUCCUACUGACUGAUCCGAAUGAUGCUCAGGCGGGGCCACGGGGUUACCUGAAGAUGAGUGUCAUGGUUUUAGGUCCUGGUGACGAGCCAGUGAAACUUCCCAAAGUUGUACUCGAUGACAAGUGUGAUAUUGAAUCCAACUUGCUGCGUCCUGCUGGUGUUCAGCUAGCUCCUGCUACUAUGGAAUUGAAAGUGUUUAGAGCUGAAGAAGUUCCAAGAAUGGAUGUUGGUUUUUUUCAUGGUCUGAAGAAUCUUUUUUCCAGCAAGAAAGAGGAUGUUGAUCUUGUUGACCCCUAUGUGGAAGUGUCAUUUGCUGGGAAGAAAGUGAAGACAAAAGUGAUAGACGAGAAUGCAAACCCAGAGUUCAACCAGAAGUUGAGCUUAGGAAUCAAGGUUCCUUCUAUGUGCGACCGCAUUCGUAUUCGUAUUAUUGAUCGAGACAAAGGGUUUGGUGCUAUUAACCAAGAUGAUGUUGUUGGCACCACAUACAUUCCAGUCUCAGAGAUUUCUGCUCCAGGAGAAGGAGGAUUUCUACCCAUAUUUGGUCCUUGCUUCUUGAAUAUUUACGGUGGCCCUCGGGCUUUUGAUGUCACAGAUGAAUAUGAUUAUCUCAAUGAAGGAGAGAUGGAAGGAGCAGCAUACAGAGGACGAGUCUUACUUCAGCUUGAAACAGUUAUUGGUCAGUAUCCUAAAGAGCCAGUUGCAGAUUUAUCUCCAGAUGAUCUUGUACAAGUUGUGCCUUAUCUUCGACGUCGAAAGUUUUCAUUGAAUGCAGUGUUCUUUGAUGCAACAAUGGUUGCCAAAUCUGAUGGACUCAUUGAGUUUGAGAUCAGUGUUGGUAACUAUGGAAACAAACUAGAUGUAGCAACAAUGCCUAUGUCAUCUUCAACUCAGCCUAUGACACCAGCACACAAUGGCGACCAUUACUACUACAUGUCAUGGAAUGAGACAAAACCAUGCUGCAGUGUUACAUGCCAAUGGGAAGACAUUUCAUACCGUUUGGAGUCAUUGUCAAUCAUGGAAACAACGUGUGAUCAUUUGAGUUGGCACUUGAAAACAGUCAAAGAACUUAUUGAUUUUGAUGCAACUGAGAAACAGAAAGCAUCAGCUGUGAUUCAGCUUCUCAACCAACUCAUUGAUGACCUGAACCCAGAACAUACUGUUCGUCCACCAGAUGAAAAAGAUGUCACCACAACUAGACUGGAUCUUAAUAUGUACAUCAUCAGGAAGGACAUCAUUGAAGGCGUCAGGAAAGAUGCUGAAGACCUUCGAGAACAUGCAACAGACCUGCAAGAGGCAAUUGAGAAAUGUGAAGAGUUUUUGGGUAGAUUGAAAUCAGUUACUUAUGAGGCACAGAACAGUUUUCCAGAUGUCAUAAUCUGGAUGUUGUCAUCUAACAAACGAGUAGCUUACUAUCGUAUUCCAGCUCAUCAUCUGCUCUAUUCAAAGCGACCGCUUGCUAAAGGCAAACUGUGCAGUCAAAUGACAACUAUUUAUCUUCAAUAUCAUGGGAAAAAGCAUUUUGAUGAUGACCAUCAAGAACUUCCAACACAGUUGCGGGUGAUGAUGUGGCUUGGCUUGGAUGAACAUAAGAAGGAAUGGAUGACUGGUCAUCAAAUUGGACAACUAGCAGUCUUCGCUGAGACUUUUGAAAACCAAAGUAAGAUUCCCAUUGUUGGUUGGGGGACAGCAAUUGGUCGUCCGGACUGGUCUGAUGGACUUGGCAAGCUUAGCAUGAAACGUGAAGAGUUUGAGACACCAGCAGGAUGGGAAUGGGAAGGGGCAUGGAAAGUUGUUCCUCCUCCUAGCGCUGCUACAGAGGCUGAUUCAAACAUUAAUGUGUUCCAAGAGGAUGUGUUUGAAUACAUUGUCAGAGUUCCAGGGACAAAGUGGGACAACGGUCAAGUGUCUUGGGGCGAUGUGAAUGGAAAUGUCAACAAAGAAGUGACUGACAAAGAUGCAAUUGAGUGCCCAGAAGGCUGGCAGUGGAUUGACUUGCAGUGGGAAAUUGACAUCAACAGAGCUGUGGAUGAAGAAGGAUGGGAAUACACUGUAGACGAUUCUGUAUCUGAGUACUCUGCUGCAGAGAGGAUGUAUCAUAUGUGUCGUCGUCGUCGUUGGGUUCGAACUAGGCAGAGAACGGCACCUGCCAAGGAAGCAAAGCCAAAGCCGAAAGUAACUGAUGAUCCUGAGCAGUUAUGGGAAUAUUGCAAGAUUUUUCACACUGAGUCAAAGUUUCAUGCUAAAAAGCGGACAUUUGACAUGUCAAAGAGAAGAAGGUGGCUACGUAAAAUGAUUGCUCAAGGAGCUGCUGAUCAACCUUUAUUCUACUUCAAGAACCCAGAUAAAAAGGAUGAGAUGGUUGUUGAAUGUCCACGCUCAUUUCUGACUUUUGAAGAACCAUUUAGUUACGAGCUGCGCGUAUAUUUGUAUCAAGCCAGAGAUAUACGCAGUGGUGAUGAAAGUGGAAUGUCAGAUGCCUACUGCCGUGUAUCAUUUCAGCGCCGUAGCCAGAAAUCAAUUAUGAUUCCAGAGACUUUGAUGCCCACCUGGGACCAAACUCUUGUGUUUGAAAACGUUCAACUGUUUGAAGAUCCUCAACAGCUACUAAAGAAUCCUCCCCAUGUUGCUAUUGAAAUCUUUGAUAAAGAUACAAUUGCAAAAGAUGAUUUUUUGGGACGUGUGACUGCUCCAGUUUUUGCUCAAGCAACUGCUGGUUUGAUGCCUACAUUGAAAUGGUAUCCUGUGAUGUACAUUGGAGAACAGCAAGGAGAACUUCUGGCUGCUUUCCAGUUAGUUGCUACAUCAGAUAAUCCAGUGUUUGUGAAGCAAAUGCUUCCUAAGCCACCACAAGAUAAGAAAGGGAAGUACAUUGUACCCAGUGGCAUUCGUCCAGAAAUGCAGCGCACUCGCAUAGAAGUUUUGGCAUGGGGAGUGCGUGACAUGAAACGAUACCAGCUUCUUUCUGUGGACAACCCAGCAGUGCAUUUGGAAGUAGGAGGUCACAUCCUGAAAUCAGAUCCUAUUGACAACCUUAAGAAGAAUCCAAAUUUUGAGAAACCACAUAUUCUUUUCAAGUCUGUGUAUUUACCAAAGAAACGAAUAUACUGUCCUCCAUUGAAUGUCAGAGUUGUUGAUCACAGAGCAUUUGGUCGAAAGCCCUUGGUAGGGUUGCACUGUAUUACAUCGAUAGAUGAGCACAGAGUGGAUGAGGAGACACUGGCUGCAUUCAAGCCACCUCCAAAGCCUUUGCCUUCCUCAGAUGAAGAGACAGACAGUGCAGUACCUCCUACAGCUGUUGAACCUGUGCCUUCAACUCCAGCUGCUGAGCAACCAGUUGCUGAAGCAGUGCCAACGACCCCGCCUCUUCCUCCUACUGACAAACAGCCAGAUGUUGCAGUCACUGUUGAAACUGUGCCAAAGGAAGUAAAGACAAAGGAAAAGAAAGAAGAAGAAAAGCCUGAGGAAGAAACUGAAAUAGAAGAAGAGAAAUAUGACUGGUGGUCAAAGUAUUAUGCAUCUAUGGGUGAUGGAGAAGAGGCAUUCAAGGCUGGAGAUUAUACCAACUUUUUUACCGACAAUGGUCGUCUUCAGAUUUAUGACUGCCCUUUGGAAAAGGUUUCUGGAUUUGAUGGUUUAGCUGAUUUGGUUGGUGUAUUUGAUCUAUACCGUGGUAAAGGAAGCCGGGACGCAGAUGAUUCAGAGAGUAAGGCUGUUGGGAAAUUUAAGGCAACUAUCAGGAUGUAUCCUUUGCCAGAAGAUGGGAGUGAGGAACCUCCACUGAUGUUUGCCCAUGUACCCUCAACAAAGCCUGUACCUGUCAUCAUUCGUCUCUAUGUUAUUCGGGGUAUUGAUUUGACUCCAAAGGACGACAAUGGUAAGAAUGAUGCUUACAUUAUUGUGAAACUUGGAAAAGAGAAGGUUGAUACUCGUGACAACUAUAUUCCCAAUGACCUCAAUCCAGUUUUUGGAAGUUUCUUUGAGCUGAAAGCAACUCUUCCUGUUGAUCAUGAACUCAAAAUCCAGUUGAAAGAUUAUGACUUGAUUAGUGCUGAUGAUCUAAUUGGAGAGACAGUCAUUGAUCUUGAGAAUCGCUACCUCACCAAACACAGGGCUACAGUUGGAAUUGCAGAUGAAUACUAUAUUAAUGGUGUGAAUCAAUGGCGCGAUCCUCAACUUCCGUCUCAGCUGCUGGCAAAGGCAUGCAAGCAGAUGGCACUGCCCAAGCCUGUCUACUCUGCUGGUGAAGUUAGAGUUGGACCCAAUCGUUACAAUUUGUCUGGUCUCAUUAAGGAAGAACUUGAGACUGGUGGUCUGGACCUGGCAAGGGAUAGCCAGGUUCCUCCAGACAUGCUAGCUCCUGGUGAUGAGGCAAGACUGAUACCUAAGGAAGAAACAAAGAAACAACAAGGCUUUCUCCAGGGUGUUGUUUCUUCAGUCACAACAAGCAAAAAAGGAAAGAAGGAAAAGGAGGACAAAGCACUACGAGAGAGGAAGCGUAUUGCCAAGUGUCUAGGACCCAUGAAGGAACGAUUGGCACUACGGGUUCUCAGAUUGUUUGGUGAUCCAAACACAUUAAUUCCUGAGCAUGUUGAGACGCGACCGCUAUACAGUCCUCUCAGACCAAACGUUGAACAAGGGAGGAUUCAGAUGUGGUUGGAUAUGUUUGUUGAUCCAGCCAAGAAUGGGCCACCACCUCCACCUGUUAACAUCUCAAAGAGGCGACCAAAUGAGUAUGUUCUUCGUCUAAUUGUGUGGAACACAUCUGAUGUCAUUAUGGAUGAAACGAACUUGCUUGGGGAAGCAAUGAGUGAUAUAUACAUUAAAGGCUGGUUGAGAGGCAUUGAUGAAAAACAGAAGACAGAUGUUCAUUAUCGCUCACUCAAUGGAGAAGGAAACUUCAACUGGCGUUUUGUGUUUCCCUUAGAGUAUGAUCCUGCUGAGCAAUGUCUUGUUGUCACUAAGAAGGAGCACUUCUGGAGCUUAGAUAAAACCGAGUUUCGUCUACCCCCUCUUCUGACUUUACAAGUUUGGGAUGCUGAUCUCUUCAACCCGGAUGACUUCUUAGGGGAAUUGGAAAUCAAUUUUAACUCAAUGAGUGGUCCAGCUAAAACAGCCAAGAAAUGUAAUCUGACGCAGUUGCCAGAAAUGCAUGAUGAUGGCAUUAUUCCACCCGAGUUUGAGCCUUUCAACUUAUUUGAAAGGCGACAUGUACGUGGCUGGUGGCCAUUCAAAGGACAGCUGACUUACCCAGAUGAAGUGAAGGGCACGAUCGGUCUCACGGGUAAAAUUGAAAUGGAAUUGGAGCUUGUGACGAAGGAGGAAGCAGAGGCUCGCCCCGCUGGACCAGCACGUGAUGAUCCUAACAUGAAUCCAACAUUGGAGCCACCAAAUCGCCCUGAUACAUCAUUUCUGUGGUUCAUGAAUCCUUGGAAGACUUGCAAGCACAUCUUAUGGAAGCGUCUGAAGUGGCUAAUUAUCACAUUGCUCAUAGUUAUUGUCAUCGUUGCCUUUGUUGUUCUGUUUUUCUACAACUUCCCACAAUACACUGUGAAAAAGCUGAUUGGCAGUUAAACUAUGAGAGAUUCAGAAUUGCUUGAGCGCGCAAUGAACUAUUUUGGUGUGUUUGCUUUGCUGCUAUAGGAACUUCUAAUGCUACUCUAUCAGUUGCUGUUUUUGUUUGUAGCAUUUUUGAUUGUAUUUGUGUAACCGGUUAUAUUGUGGGUAUGCCAGAAAUGGCACCCUACACAUUUA